AUGUGAGUCAACAUUUAUGAGUGCAGGACUAAAUUCUCAUUUAAACGGCCCUGUACAUCUCUUGAAACAUCUUUAAUCUCUAUUCUUUCUCAGAACUAUCUGUUUCCCACCAUAAACCUGCUCAAAAUGCCACACUUAGCUGAGAGUGCUCCCGCGGAGGGCGAGACGGCAAUUACUUUCCCUCCCAUCAGUAGAGAUCAUAUACAAAAUUGUUCAUACGAAGCAUGGUUCCCCAAGUACCGGAGCUCAUGUCUAAAGUCGCGAAUUAUACCACUAUCUCCGGCAUUCGUAUCAUAUCUACACGAAGAUGGCAUUAUUCUCGCAGACGACGAUGAGGCCAACGAGCCAGAAGACGAAGAAUGGUCAACUCCCGCUGCUAGCCAUCCGCGAAUUACUCCAUAUGAGUCCGACGACGAGGAGGAUGAAGAGGAGGAGGAAAGGCUUCCACCAAAUAAACGCUUCCCGGAGAUUCACGAGUUAAUCAAGCAGAAAAUUGCAGAGCUUGGCGGCUCCGUUGCGCCAAAGCUGAACUGGUCAUCUCCAAAGGACGCCAAAUGGAUAUCCCCACACCAGAACACGCUCAAAUGUACAUCUCCCAACGACAUUUAUCUCCUCCUGAAGUCAUCUUCCUUCGUUUCGCAUGACCUCCUUCACGCAUUUGACGACUGUACCGAUACUCCACCAAUGAGACCAUUCACCCCUGUCCUUGUUCUCAGACCUUUCUUCACACCUCAUGUCGCCCUCGAAUUUCGGUGCUUCGUAAAGCAUAGGUCGCUGAUUGGAAUUACACAGCGGGAUCUUAAUCACUAUGAAUUUCUGGAACCACUCCGGGGACAACUGUGGAAGAAGAUUAUGAAAUUCUUCCGCCAAAAGCUGAGACUGACGUUCCCCGACUCAAGCUUCGUGUUUGACAUUUAUAUACCUGGAAACUCCUUUGCCGAAGAUGGAUUGGGAAAAGUGAGACUUAUGGAUAUCAACCCAUGGGCCCCUAGCACAGACAGCCUGCUUUUCUCAUGGGAGGAGCUUCUCACUAUGGAAGUUGAGAAUCCGUUGUAUGGAUCCGUUUCGGAGGAUCAGGCAGCAGAGGGAAGUGGAGAUGAGACUACGGCCGACGAGAUGGACGGUGAUGCUGCCGAGUACGACCCGAAUCGCCAGCCAGAAGUCCGCAUCGUCAAGAAGAAUGACCCGGAGGCAUACAACUUCAGCUCGCCGCAGUACUCGGCUCAUAAACUCCCCAAAGAAGUAGUUGACGCCAGUCUGGCUGGAGAAGGGGGUCUAAGGGAAUUUGCCCAGCGAUGGAAGGAGAUCACAGAGGGGAGAGCUCAAGGCAUCUGGGAGCAACCGAAUUCCAGAGCAUAGACAAGAAGAAAGCCAUACAGUCGUUAAUCCUAGAGCAAAGAUAAAUGGAGGACAGUUGAGACAGAGGCUCCU